CGCUGGACUUUGGGUUGUCUGGCGCCUUGGCUCCUUAGCAUCGCGCUGCUAUUGUGCGAUGUUGACAAUGUGGCUGUCCCUGUAGAGCUCGACAGACGCACUGCUUGCGUUUACACCUUAGUACCUAAUUAAGAUACGCGCCAAUUUGAGUCGCGUUGAGAUGUCGGCGUCUCAAGUAGUGCCCGAAUACGACGUCAAAUUCAUUACGACGGAAUCAUUGGAGGCACCGGUAGUCGGCAACGUGCAAGACGACAGUUCAACUUCUUCCGCAUCCAAUGGCACUAAAGGUUCUUCCUGGAUCUCUGCUGUUUUUCUCAUCAUCAAUGCUGCUCUUGGAGCUGGUUUACUGAAUUUCCCACAUGCCUUUGACCAAGCUGGAGGCAUAGCAGUGGCUCUCUCUGUGCAGGCAGUGCUGCUUCUUUUUGUGGUGGGAGCCCUGCUUGUGCUGGCUUACUGUGCCAGGCAGCAUGAUUGUGCCACUUACCAAGAAGUGGUGCUGCGUGCAUGUGGGCCACAUUUCUGGAGCUGUUGCUCACUGGCUGUGGCACUGUACUGCUAUGGCACAUGCAUCACCUUUCUAGUCAUUGUAGGGGACUUCUCAGAUCGCAUUUUUGCAUCUUUGUACGGGCCAAGUUACUGCAUUCACUGGUUUAUGCACCGGGACUUCAUAAUUGUCACCACAUCGAUUGUUCUCAUCCUCCCAAUGUGUUUUUCACGGAAGAUUGAUUUUCUCAAGUACCCCAGUAUGUUCGGUGUGCUUGCUGCCCUUUAUCUGGUUCUGCUGGUCGUGGUGCAAUACUUUGUUGGGGACUGGAAGUCGCCUGGCACCAGAAGCUCUCCCAACACUCUGGAGGAUGUCUUGACUGCUGUUCCAGUAGUAUGCUUUGGCUAUCAGUGCCACGUGAGUUCUGUGCCUAUCUACUCAUGCCUUGAAGACCGGAGACUAUCUACAUUUGCCAAGGCAGUGCUGAGUGCCACCCUUUUGACGGCCUUGCUAUACACUGUGGCAGGGGUGUUUGGCUACCUGACAUUUGGUCAGGGUGUGGCUAGUGACAUACUGGAGCUCUAUGAUGCACGUCAGCCGCUAGUAUUGGUGGGAAUCUUGGCCAUGGCACUCAAGAUCAUCACUACAUACCCCAUCCUUACCUUCUGUGGCAGGACAGCAGUGGAUGACCUUUACGGGCAGUUUCGGGGCCUUGACGAGGAUGCUAAACGCAAGCGUGAGCUGUUUCGACGGAUAACAAUUGUGUCGAUCUGGUUUUGCACCACAGUUGUCCUGGCCUGUUUGGUGCCAAACAUCAGCAUUGUCAUCCGUAUCAUUGGCUCCCUUGCUGCUACCUUCAUUUUUGUCUUUCCUGGUUUGUGCCUGUUGUUCGUCUCCGUGAAACUGGACAACUAUUACUAUUUUGCCAAGACCAAGUGGAAGCUGGCAAUAGCUGUGCUUUGCGUGGCACUGGGCACGUUUGUUUUUGGCCAAGUACUCACCAUGUCGAUAAUGGACGCUGCGUCAGGUCAUGAGCGGGCUGCAGACGUUCAGCUCUGCACAGUGCCCAAGAUGGUUCGCUUAUAUUCCUAUUUCUAGUAGACGGUCCAG